AGCACAAGUUUGCUGCAUAUUUUUGGUGGACCUGGCAACCCUGGUCUAUGUCAGAAUCGUAGCACACGCUGUCUCCGCAGGCAGGAGGAGCCCGGUCGUGUUUGAGUUAAAGUUUAGUAAUCCAGCUUUCUGUUUGACCAGGUGGAGAGAACUCAUAGCUAAUGUUAACACAGAGACUUCUCAGCAGCAGCAGCAGUGUGAGCUGUGGGUGACCCGGGAGAGAGUCGCAGGGUGAGAGAGUGUGAACAGCGAGGCAUGGAGUCAGACUCCUGCAGAUACAGAAACCUGUGAAUGUCAACACGUGCAGAACUAGCCAGCGCUCCUUCAGCUCCUCCACUGUCUGCAGGAGUCAACAGACUUGAAGCACAGACCGCAUUAAGUACAGACUGAACUACAGACAGAUAUGAGGUCUCAGAGUGGAGAAGAACCCGCAGGUUUUCUGCAGCCCUCCGACAGUGAGGUCCAGGGCUGGAUGGACAGGGCGUUUCAUAUGGCCAAAGACGCUCUAGAGAACGGAGAGGUCCCCGUUGGCUGUCUGAUGGUGUUCAAAGCAGAAAUCGUAGGGAAAGGAAGAAACGAGGUGAACGAAACUAAGAAUGCCACACGCCAUGCAGAGAUGGUGGCACUCGACCAGGUAUUGGAAUGGUGCCACCUAAGAGAGCGGGAUGUGAAGGAGGUGUUUAAACGCACUGUUCUUUAUGUGACUGUGGAACCAUGCAUUAUGUGUGCAGCUGCUUUACGUCUGCUAAAUAUACCGCUAGUCGUGUAUGGAUGUAAGAACGACCGGUUUGGCGGCUGUGGUUCAGUGCUGGACAUUUCAUCAGAUGACCUACCACAUACUGGAACUUAUUUUAAGUGCAUCUCGGGCCAUAGAGCAGAAGAGGCUGUUGAAAUGCUGAAGAUGUUUUACAAGCAGGAGAAUCCUAAUGCGCCAAAGCCCAAAGUGAGAAAAGACAGCAUCAGUCCAGCAGGGGGCUCUAUUGUCCCAAUGAUACAAGCAGCUUCAGAUGAUAAAGAUGGUGCAAAAACAGCACUUUCAGAUUGAAAUGGGCUUUUGUUUUCAACAAAAACUAAUAGUCAUGUUGACGGACUGCACAAGCAUUUGAAUAAACUUUGUUAGUUAUUUUUAAUCUGUUAAUUUAUUUUCUAUAUUUUUGUACACUUGGAUUUAAUCCCACUGGAUGGGGCUUAUUGGCUGCUAGGUUUCAUCAUUUAUCACACUGCAAUUCUUCUAAACAACAGUUCCCCAAGGAACUUUGAGGCUUUCCUGUACAGCUGGGAGGCGAGCUGUUUAGCUGCUUGUUUGAUCAUUAGCAGUGCUCAGUGCUUUGUAGAAGGCCACUCUAGUCAGAGUAGGCCUGUUGUGCAUUACAGCAUGCACUCCUCUCCAGCAUUCACCACCCCCCUCCCAUAUGUCCUUGCAUGACCCCAAGCUCUGCUCCACAGCCAUGUGUGAUCUCAUCCUCAUGUGUUCUGAAAGCAGGUGUUUGGGCACAAUUGGGGAGUUUCCACAUUUCACACUGAGAUAGAUUUGAUCAGGCUCUGCCAUUGUGCAUGUUUUGCUAAUGAAGUAAGUCUGUAAAUAGGAAUGUACCUAUUUAGCUAGUUUUCUCACAUUACUGAUUUCUUGGUAUAUAAUUAUGAAUUGAGUUAACGUGAAUGCUUAUGACUUGUGCACUUAUCCUGAUUAGCAGUGGUCCAUAGGGGGAAAGCCAGUGGCAGUGUUGUAAAUAGCACAAGUGCUACAAGGACUAACAACAUGGCCUGAACCGAAUUUGGACCUUGAAACGAUGGAAAAAAGGUUAUUGAGUAUUGUGGACAGCCAUAUGUGUACACCUUGACCUAAGGAAGUGAAAAGACCAGGAUGCACAACCUGGUGAAUGUUCGCCUGGGUAACCCUGUGUCCAGGCAUUCACAUCAACACCAGUUUGACGUAUGUCACAUGCCUAAACCUGGUUGCAGAUCAGUUACACCCACUCAUGGCCAUAUUAUUCCUAAACUGCAAUGGAUCCCUGUAGCAGGAUAGUGUAUGUCCAGCUGCAUGUGAUGAAAAGUUUAGAUCCCCACAACAAACAAUUAUAAGAGGAUUUUUUGUAGAAUGGAGUCAUUUUACUAGCAUAUGGAGGACCAAAAGCAUAUUAUGGCACUGAUCAUAAUAUUUCUGCUCUCCACCUUGUAGUUCUCUGGUAAAUUAUCAUUUUGGCAUAUUGUCCUCUGGGAGGAAAACCUACACAUGCCAUUAGCUUCAUUUGCUCCCCAGCUCCUCUAAAAAGUCAGUUUCUUAACAGACCAGUUCUUUUACUUAUUUUUGAAUAAUAAAUUAUUUUUCAGAUUUUAAUAAUUUAUUCUGUUGUUUCAGCAGUAUAUGAACAUGACUCUGCUAAUGUAUCAUCAUGGAAAUUAUUUAUUCACAUGUACAUAGAAGAAAGGCUGAUAAACUAGUAUUUGAUAAUGCAGAUGGCCACACAUUUCUUAUUAAAAUCCUGCAAAUGUUCAAA